GUCUUCCUCAUUUCUCUCGCCCCUCCUUCAUCUUCCUCCAUCCUCUGGUCACUUGACCCGGGCUGCGUGCGGGGUUUGUGCCCGAUGCGGGGAGCCCGGGGUGCGUGAGUCUCCCUGGAAGAGCUGAGAUGGAAAAGAAAGAGUUCGUCGGAAACGUCCUAUGAAGUCCUAGAUCAGGCACUAAUGGAAGGCCUUUUGCAAACCUCCAUUCACAUGUGCCAUGAAAAUGGUCAAUGGAUGUCACGACUACCGGAGAAGCUCUGGGAUAUUCCCCUCUAUAAUUUAGCUCUUCCAGGGAGUCACGACACUAUGACCUACUGCUUGGAUAAAAACUCUGCUGUUAGUGGCAAUGAAUCCAAGGUGGUGAAGUUUUUAAACAAAUGUAUGCCUUGCAUUGUGCACCCCAUUAUCAUGAAGUGGUCUACAACUCAGGUACUGACUGUAACAGAGCAACUUGAGGCUGGAGUUAGAUAUCUAGAUUUCAGGAUUGCCCACAAAUCUAACGAUCCAUCUAUGAAUUUGUACUUCGUGCAUAUGGUUUACACAACCGUCACUGUACAGGAUAUUCUGUGCAAAGUGUUACGGUGGUUGGAAACUCAUCCUCAGGAAGUUGUUAUCUUAGCCUGCAGGAAUUUUGAUGGAUUAACCAAGAAACUUCAUCGUCACCUUAUUGCCUGUAUAAAAGAGAUUUUCCAGUGUAAACUGUGUCCCAGAAAUGUGGUGCCGACACUGCGGACCAUGUGGCAGCGUGGCCAUCAGCUGAUAGUCUCGUACGAAGAUGACAUGGAAGUGGUGGAACACUGUGAGCUGUGGCCUGCAAUCCCAUACUGGUGGGGAAACAAAACUGCCACUUGCUCUCUUAUCCAGUAUUUGGAGCACAUGAAGCGGAUGGGUCGUCCAGAAGAAUUCUUUGUAGCAGGGAUUAACCUUACUGAAAAUUUAAGGUAUAUUCUUGUACACCCCUUUGGAUCAUUGAAGAAAAUGACACUCCGGAGUCUUCCAUGCUUGAAAAUCUGGAUAAAGCAGCAGUAUCCAGGACCACAAAAAGAAUGCAUUAACAUCAUUGCUGGAGACUUCAUAGGAAAUGACGAUUUUGUCAAAGAUGUGAUAGAACUUAACACAAAAAUUAAUUCUUCAUUAUGCUGUUAUGGCAAAGUGGGUGGAACAAACUGCGUUUCAUUCUCAGCUUCUUAAUCUAUGAAAUGCUGAAAAGGAUUUGUCUCCAUUUAAGGUGUCCUGGUUUAAACAGCCUGGAUCCCAUAAAGGCCCAGUUAACUUAAAUGAGGAAUUGUUUAAAGACUCAGUAAGCAAACUGCUCUUCACAUCAUCAGGAUUUUAAGUCCUUUUCACAGAAAAAAGAGCAGGUAGACCUUGCUAAAGUCUCUAAAGAAAUACGGUAUAGUAUAAUUUACUGAAAUUCUGUAGCAGUUGGCAAUGUUGAAAGUCCCAAGAACUUAAUCCUGUUUUAUUUUACUUAUGAACAAGAAGGAGAAGUAUGUCAGUAGCUGCUUGAAUUAUUUUGUGCUAAGAUUUUAUCAUUCUUAUGAGUGUAAAGAUACCCUGCAUCACUUGCAAUCUCAAUUCUAAGUAGUUUGUAUCAGUGUGAAACUGGCUUAUCUGCUUUCAUAGUCUGUGUGAAAUAUGCAAAAGUAACAGUUUAAAAAUAUUUUGUAUCAAAGAUACUGACAUGAUCUUUAUACACACACCAAUAUAUCACACUGGAGAUCUAGAAGUGGCUGUACUGUUGUGUGCCACUUUACCAACAAGGUAGUCACAAAUUCUUUAUGAUUUCUAAGAGAGGUACGCAUUUGAACACAUUCUUUCCAUCACUCAUACCAGUUUUGCAGUGAUGAAGAUAAAACUAGGCCCCUAGACCAUUUUGCCUGUGGUAAUAAAUAUGUUUCAUUAGGUGUUGCCAAAAUAUGCCUUACAUUGAAAAUAAAUACAUCUGAAAUUAAUUCCUUACCUAAACUCAGACUGCUCCAAAAAAUAGACAUUCUAGGCUUCUGUUAAGCUUAUUUGGGGUUUCACAACUGGUCUUUUAUUUACCUACUUUAGUAGCUCUAUAGUUAUUUUUCUUCUCAAUUAGUAUUCUUUACCUGUGUAAAAGCUAAGGAUUUUAUGCUGUUUGCCAUAGCGUGUUAAUCCUAUUCUUCUAUUUUUU